AUGCUUGCUGAUACAUACAAAGAAUUUUUCAAUUGACGCAUGAACCAGCAUUUGAUGCAGCCAGGACAGGCUUACCCUGACUACUUCCCUAGUGGUGGGAUAUCUAGUGGUGGGAUGCCUAGCGGUGGGAUGCCUAGCGGUGGGAUGCCUAGCGGUGGGAUGCCUAUCAACCAGAUGUAUGCCCUGCCUCGGCAAGAUAUGGGCCAUAUCAUUAGGAUCAACUUCUAUGUGCGAGGCUUGAGACCUGUAAUCCUCCAUGUUGACAAGAGAAGUGAUACUUUAGAUAGCUUGAAGAGGAAAAUAUCAGAAAAGCUCAACUUGCAAUGGAGCCUAGAUAAAAUUUUGGAUAACUUCAGUUUUUACUUGGAAACAGGAGCAAAGGUAGAGGAUAUAGGUCUCUUAGAAAAUAAUGAUCAUGUCCUAAUGGAUGACUGAUCCGACAAAAUGAAAAAUCAGAGUUGAAAGCGGGAAGAUGAACUAGAACGACUUCCUCCAAUUUAUAUGAAGCCAAAAGAAUAUUAUUCUGGAUUCGGUUAUAAUCAAGGAAACAGAGUAUAUGCAGGAUAUCCUUUUCAUCCAAUCCCUGUACUUUUUAUACCAGAUAUGCUUCCUAAGCAAAGGUGCAUGGAGCUGUUAAAAAGUGAGCCUAAAAAGCCUCAAAAGAUUAAUGAAAAUUCUGAAAUUUCCUCUCAUCAGACAACAACUUACGAUUACUCUUCUACUAAAGCAAGCCCUCAUGCACCAUUAGAUUUGUUCAAAAGUCAGAAAAACUCUGAAUUAUUUGAUCCAAACAUCCAUAUUAGAAAUUCCAGUCCAUUAAGAUCUAAUACCACCCAAGCAGACAACAACGACGAUAACUCCUCCAGACCCUCUAAAGACCCUUGAUCAUCUUAAG